AUGCAGGCGCUGCCGAGAGCCAGUCCCUCAUUUGCGCGGGAGCAUACGCAGCCCCAGCAGCAGGAACAGCAGCAGCAGCAGCAGCAGCAGCAGCAAAAACUUCAGCAGCAGCAGGAACAGCAACAGCGGCAGCAGCCGCAGCACCUGCAGCAAAGACUCCAGCAGCAGCAGCACCUGCAUCAGAGCUUCCAGCAGCAGCAGCUACAACAGCUCCAAUGGGAGCUUCAGCAGCAGCAUCAGCAGCUUGAGUGCCAUCUGGAACAAAUAAGGCAAGAACAGCAGCAGCAGCAGCAACAACGACGCUACUACCUCCAGACCCAGAAGCAGCAGCAGCAACAACAACAGCAACAACGCUACUACCUGCAGAUCCAGCAGCAGCAGCAGCAGCAGCAAGAACAACAACAGCGGUACUACCUCCAGCCACCGCCGCAGCAGCAGCAUCAACAACGCUACAACUUUCAGACCCUGCAGCAGCAGCAACAACAACAACAACAGCAGUACCGCUACUACCUCCAGACUCAGCAGCAGCAGCCGCAGCAGCAGCAAGGCAAUGGCGAAAGCUGCGCGCCAGGCGCUUGCUGCAGUGCGCUCAGCAGCAGCAGCAGCAGCAGCAGCUGCUGCGGUGGGCGUGCUGCAGCAGCGCGCUGCGGCGCAGCGGCUUGCUGCGGAGGUGUCUGUACACCUGAAGAGCCAGCGCAUGCGUGCUGCGCUGCGCUGCUGCCGCUGCAGCAGCGGCUGCUGCUGCUGCUGGGGGGCUUUCUGGUGAACUUGGUGCUGGGGUGUAUGUACAGCUUGGGACUCCUUAUACCCUACUUGAGUUCUUACCUGAGACACCAGGGGCGCAGCAGCACACGCCACUCGGAGCUGGGAUGGAUAUUCACUGCGGGGCGCACUCCCACACUCUGUCAUGCGGCUGCUGCUGCUGUUGCUGUUGUCACUGCUGUUGUUCUUGCUGCUAUUGCUCCUGCUGCUGCUGCUCCUGCCAUUCCUCCAGCAGCUGCUGCGUUUGCUUCAGCCGUUGCAGCUGCCUCACCCGCCCCUAACACCGCUGCUGCUGUUGCUGCUGCUGCUGCUGCGCGCUGCAGGUCGCGUUGCAGCAGCAGCAACCGCAGCAGAGGCAGCUCUGGGCAGCUGCCAGCGGAGUUCGGCGGAGUGCUGGUCAGUUCUGAGGCCGCACUUCACGCCCAGCAGCAGCAGCAGCAGCAGCAGCAGCAGCAGGGGUGCGGCUUAUGUGAGUCAGAGAAGCACCAAAGUGGCAGCAGCUCUUCAGGUGUCUUCAGCGUUUGGCUGGUGUAUGUGCUGCUUGGGCUGUCUGUACACCUCACCACUGUUUUCUGGGAAGCAACAGCAGCAACUCUUGUGGGGCCCCACCUCACAUAUGACCCCGAAGCAGCAGCACUUGCUGCAGCACGCCAGCAGCAGCAGCAAGCGCCCCCCCACCACCACCUGCAGCAGCAGCUGCAGCAGCACCUGCAGCACCACCUGCAGCAGCAGCAGCAGCAGCAGCAACUGGGGGCAGCAGCAGCUCUUAUUGACCUUGGAAUGACUGCGCUGGGCGGGGGUCUUGCUGCUGUUGCCAGCCUCAUAGGCCGCGUUGGCUGGGGCCUGAUAUCUGACAUUUGGGGAGGGGUUGCUGCAAUAGUGGUGGCGGAGAUAUCGACGCCGUCGACGUUCAGCUGUCUGUACACCCUGGCGUACACCUCGAAGCCGGCCAGCGCGUGUCUGUCUUCAUUUCUUUUAACUCUUCUUUAUCCCAGCGUGGGCCUCAGUGGCUGCACAGCCUUGGCUGCCACUUUCGCCACUUUGUCUUUUCUUCUUUGCCUCGGACUCCCCGCCAAAACUAACCCGCAGCACAAACAGCAGGCCCUCUGGCUGCAGCAAAGCCCCGCAAAGGCCCGCUCCGCUUGA